AUGUCAUCAUUGCGCCAACAUCAAAAUCCGGCACCGGAUCUGGAAAGCGGUGAAGGACACCAUGCCAAUAAGCGGCCAUACACGCCGGGAGCGAGCCCGAGAGAGAUUCUCCUGUCGCAAUCGCAUCGCGGUCAUAUCUCGUCAUCGCAGUAUUCGCCGCACGGUUCACGAUUCAUGGAAGGCUAUCGGAGAAGAAUUCGACAAGCAAGUCUCAAUUUGCCAUCCGACACGAAACUCGACGAAGAUCUUGGAUUUCCGCCGGUCUGCUCACCGCCACCGGAAGUGUUCAGCGGAACCGUGGGCGAUAAUCGCGGAGCCAUAAGAAUGCGUGAUCGAUCGCUAUCGGAUGCGGUUCCAUCGAUGCUAGGCAUCAGAGCUUCGAAUAGUAAUGGAGGUGGAGCAUCCGGCGGGCUUCUCGUCUUCUUCCCAACAUCUCCAUCAUCGUCAGGGAAUAUACAUGUAGCGAAUUCGUAUGGUAUCAGUUCAAGCCGCCGCGAAUCUUCCACAGAUGAGACGAUACCACAGCGCAGUAACUGGACCACUGGUAACAGUAUGGAUGACGAUGAGUCGAAAAUUGAUAUUGCCGAGGACGCAAUUGUCGCUGAGGAUAUUUUGAUGAAAGAGGCCGAAUCGUCUGGAUUAAUCGGACGAGACUCGCGUAGAUCUUCAGAUAUUGGAGUUAGUCUUUGGUCGGUUGGCGAAAUGCGACCAGGUUUUGCCGAUUUGGAUUGGUGGGAAAUGGGAUAUUUCUGGGUAGAAUUGCCAUUCAACAAAUCGAUUGAAUGA